GACACAUCCAUCCAUCACGUUUUACGUCAGAAAUCGGAAAAAGUAUUAAUUUUGUGCUAUCAAGCAUAAAUUCCGAUAAACAAUUAUUCGAAAUUGCUAUUAAUAUACGAACUAACAUUAGGACAAUAAAAGAGUGGUCUUCAAUCUUUCGUAGUGUUGUGUGACGUUUGUUAGUUUUGGUCGGACAGUAACGCGGUUAAACAAUUUUAAAUUGGUCAGGAGGUCUUUAAUUAAAGAGUUUACGCCUCCUCGGUAGUGCGUGUGACGAUCGGUAUUCGUUUGGCUGGCUGUAUAUCUUUAUAUCGAUGCUGACCAGUUGGUGCAGGAUGUUACACCAUUGGGCACCGGCGUAUUGUAUUCUCCGAUGUGUUUAUUUCGUCGAAUAGUUACAUGAGCGAUUCCUCAGCCGAAGUAACAGACUGGAAAACCAAUCCCUAUCCUUCCAUUAUCCUCGUACUUCCAUCAUUCCAAGCUUCCAUCCUAACGUCAUUCCAUUUUUGAAUAUUUUUAUAGCGAAUUUUUUUAACGCCUCAAAAUUGAUUCUGAAAAUAAAAACACGUCCGCUCCGCACGGCAGCCAGGACGCAAAUGACGAUCCCCCCACCCCCGCGCCGAACCCGCGCGAUGCUUUGACUACCCUCACAAUGAGUUCCUCCCCAGUUCUGGAGCUGUCCUCGCCAUCCACCACUCCGUCGUCGCCAGCGCUGAGAGCGGACGUGCAUUUUCACACGUCCACGCCUAAUUAUAUUGGGAAGAAGCAGCACCAGCCCCUGAACGUGGUACUCCCUUCCACUGCGCCGGCCACACCACCGACCUACGGAGAGCCAACUCUAACCCCGCCCCCCCGCUCGCCUGGCACAGCCGUUGCCACCCCCGCUUCGGGCGACGGUCGCAACCACCCCCCUGACGGCACAUCUUCGGACAAGUCAUCAGAAACAGCGGUGGGCGGUAUAUCACGUACAACUAGCACGGCACUAUCCCGCAAAGAGAGCUACAAGGCGCAGCGGCAGCACUAUAGGAGAGAGAAGAAGCGAGCCGCGUCGGCGCUACUACAUUCGAUAGAGGACCCGUCGGUCGUCGUGCUCGCUGACUGGCUCAAGGUCCGAGGCUCGCUCAAGUCGUGGACGAAGCUAUGGUGCGUCCUCAAACCCGGUCUGCUGCUGCUUUACAAGAGCCCUAAAGCAAAGAGCAGUCACUGGGUGGGCACGGUUCUGCUGACGUCGUGCCAGGUCAUCGAGCGUCCCAGCAAGAAGGACGGCUUCUGCUUCAAGCUCUACCACCCUCUGGAGCAGAGCAUCUGGGCGCCAAGGGGGCCCCAUAACGAGACUAUAGGAGCAGUGGUGCAGCCGCUUCCGACCGCGCACCUGAUCUUCCGCGCGCCGUCGCAGGCCGCCGGCCACUGCUGGCUCGACGGGCUCGAGCUCGCCUUAAGAUGCAGCAAUGCUAUGCUCAGAUGUUCCCGGUCGCGGCCCGAGCAGGAGGUCGCGUCGGAGGCGCCGGCGACUCAGACCAACAUAUCGCACGAGGAACUCGAGAGGCACUUCACGGAGCACGAGCUAGCGGGCGUGGCAUCGGACUCUGACAGCGAGGCGUCCAGAGGGAUGAACGCUCCCCGGGAGGACACCGCCUCCAGGAAGCAUGACGUCAUCGCCCGGAUAGAGAGCUGCUACGUGGAAGACCCCAACCGGGAUACGGGAGCGGCAGGGGAGUUGGUAGAAGAAGUGGCAGAAGAAAACAAGUCCCUACUCUGGUUCCUGCUGAAGCAAGUCCGGCCUGGCAUGGACCUCAGCAAAGUGGUCCUACCCACGUUCAUACUGGAACCCCGCUCGUUUCUGGACAAACUGUCCGACAAUUACUACCAUGCGGAUAUACUGGCGCAAGCGCAAAACCAAGAAGACCCGUACACAAGGUUCAAGUCAGUUCUCCGGUGGUACCUGUCAGGCUUGUACCGCAAGCCCAAGGGGCUCAAGAAGCCUUACAACCCCGUCCUGGGGGAGACUUUCCGCUGCUGCUGGCGCCACCGCGACGCGGACAGCCGGACAUACUACGUGGCGGAGCAGGUGUCCCACCACCCACCGGUAUCUGCUUUCUACGUGUCCAACCGCAAGGAGGGAUACGUCAUAGAGGGCAGUCUGCUGGCUAGAUCCAAGUUUUACGGUAACUCAACGUCGGCCAUCUUGGAAGGCUGCGCGCGAGUGCACCUACUAUCUUGGGGGGAGACUUACGUCACCACCGCGCCCUACGCGCACUGCAAGGGCAUCGUCAUCGGCACGCUCAGCAUGGAGCUGGGAGGCAAGGUACACGUGGUGUGCGCAGAUACUGGUUACCACGCGGACGUUGAAUUCAAAUUGCGGUCGUUCCUAGGCGGCUCAGACCAGACCAACGCCAUAUCUGGCCGCAUAAAGAAGGGGAAAGACACCAUAGCCACCAUAGAAGGCUACUGGGACGGCAAGAUCGACAUCAAAGACAAGAGGACUGGGGAAGAAAGCAACCUCCUAGACGUGGCCUUGCUAAAGGAGCAGCGGAUGACGCGGUACCUCAUGAAGCUCGACAGCCAGCAAGAAUAUGAGUCGCAGCGGCUCUGGGUCAAAGUGUCAGAGGCUAUUGCCAAUGAUGACCAGAUCGCAGCGACAGAACAGAAGACGAUAAUAGAGGAAGCGCAAAGAGCGCGCGCCAGGAAUCUGGUGACGCCAUGGGUGCCAAGAUUCUUCCAUAAGGAGUUGCAUGUACAGCCACCUGACGGUAUCAUUGACCAGGGGUGGAGAUACAAUCACGUGAACACUAGCCCAUGGCAAUCAGACGAGGUGAUAGAGUACGAGGACGAGUUCGUGAUCGGCUCCCUACGGGGCCCCGGGCACGGCAGGGCCCCCGUGUCGGCGGGGCCCCGAGAAAUAUCCCGUCGGGCUUCCGACUCCGAUAGCCGGGACGAACUAGCCAAGCGGUCCAGCAAAAGUACCACGCGUACCCUCAAACAAACUCUAUACUCCAUCGACACAGCCCUACGAGAUCACACGCACGCGAUAGAGCGCUUGCAAAAAACCGUAGAGUCCCUCAACGAAGGACACAGAGCGACCGCCUUCCGCCCACAAAACGUGGGCAGGAUACCCACUACGACCCACUCGUGGGACCUAUUCGGGGGAUUUGUACUAGCUAUAGUACUUCAAGCGCUGUUAAACUGGCUGUUCUAUCACAAAGACUGAGUUCCGGUGAGCUGGUUCUAUUUUUACUGUUAAAUUUCACUGUCUUUGGAUUUGGAACGGUUUUGUCUUUGGAUGUUUUGUUCUCUUUGGUCACUCGAGUCGAAUUCGCAUGUGUGUCAAGAUGUUUGCAAAUAUGUUUUUGAAAAUAUAUUUGUGAGAGGCGAUUAUUUGUAUUGCUAAUAAAAAAAAAAUCAUGUAAAGUGAUUUCCCAUUAUUUACAAAGAAUAAUACUUUCCAAAAACUUUAUCACAAACUUGUCUGUACACAUCUUGACACAGUAAGUCUGCAGUCAAAUGACGCGUGCUUAUUUUUAUGUUGCCUUCACACAAAAAUAAAGACACAUUUUGACGUGUCACAAUAGUUAAUAUGACACUUUGUUGACUCGAAUACAGUGUGAAAUGGAUUUUAUUACCCGACUGCGCUUAAAAGAGGGUUAUGUUUUAAAGGUAAAAUCUUAUACGACUAAAAAGAGCUAUUACAGCCAAAUACGAAACCGUUUUAAAUGUAUACGUCCACAUACAUUUUUCCAUUCACGAUCAAUGAAUUUUUAUGGCAAUUUGAAGUGAAAAGUGUGACUUUUUAGACUAAUAAUAUCUCAGGUCUAUUCGUUAUUCUAGCGGUUAUUCUAGCGCAUAACCCAGUUAGGCCCAGAACAGACGGUGAAACGCAACUGCAACGAAACUGCAACUGCUAGUUACUUUUGAGUUGCAUCUAAGUUU